AUGACUGAUGACAGCACUGUUUCAUCAACUACACCUACUACAUCAAGAAUUGCAUCACCUACUAAUGCGAGAGGAGGACUAGCAAUAUAUAAUAAUAAAUUUCGUCAAAGAUCUAUUAGUGGAGGUUGUUCAGCUGACGAAACUUCAAUUAACUCGCCAACUGAUUCAUCGUCAAAAAAAAUUCGUGCUAGCAUGCAGCCUUCAUCACCAUCAAGGCCAACAUCACCUACACUGUCUAGAACAGCAAAUAAUAAUUCUAGACUUGGACUUAAACGUCCUCCUUCACAAAUGACAGGUCUAGCCAGACCAAGUAGUAGGGCAGGAAAUAUUCCAAGUCCUCCCAUUACUAACACAGCAUCAUCUAAAAGUCACAUCACUUCACCUAACAGUAAUAUUAGAACACCGUCAUCUGCUGGAUCAAAUGCUAAAACAGCUAAAGGAAUUGCACGUAAAUUUAGUCUUCAAACAGAUAGUAUUUAUGAUGAACCUGAUAAUUAUUGUUAUAGUCCACCAGAUUCUCCUCUUGGUGGAUCAGAAACUGAUUCUUUGAGAUCUUUUACAAGUUCCAUAUCAUACGGAUCUUCUGUUGCAAAUAGAAUGUCAAUGGCAACUUCAAGAAAUUCAAAACUUCCUGCGCCUGGUAGCACGGUGCCAUCUAAAAUAUCUUCAAAUAGAAGAAAAUAA